AUGGUACAUCGCAACCUAUCCAAUCCGAAGAAUAUUGUGGUUGUUAAUAUUGGCACAGUCCGUGAUCCUGAAUAUACUGUAAAACUUAGAGGGUUUGGACCUCAAUAUGGUAGUGAUCCAAACGAGGAUAUUGGGAGCGCAAGAACCAGAGACUGUGAGGAUUUGGCUCGUACACUUGCAUCUGUCGGCCUUCCUCAUAUCUUUCACCCUCUAAUUAAUCAAUUACGGUUAGUUAGAUCUGAUCUGUUGGUUAUCUCUUAUAAUAAUAAUAUCUAUGUUGUUGGCUUUGUAUACAGGCAAGAUGGUUGCCGAAAUCUAAGCCAGUCGCCCCUUUUUCUUCCAAUGGAAAUGAGGCUCAGUUAUUUAACACAUGCCUACAAGGUAGUGGGAGAUAAGGGGUUGGGCUCUUAUCUCGUACACCAAGCAGGUGGUUGGACAGCAGAAGCGAAGAAAACUACAGAACUAAAGGAGAUCCUGGAUAAUCCGAAGGGAGGGCGGUAUUAUGACAAUGGGUUCGACUUCAUUCGGUUUUGCAGAAAUGCAGUUGAACACUACCCAGAGGAUACGAACGGUCGGAAUCUAAGACUCGUCAAAGCUGUCAAGAGUAUCAAUGAGAAGAUCGCUGUCAAGAGUAUCAAUGAGAAGAUCGCGUUAGAACCCUAGUUUCUAACCUCCUUUUGCUAUUUGGACUUAUUUGUCUUUUAAUGGAUUUUGGAUGUUAUUUGGAGUUUUUUUUAUAAUGUAUUUGGAUGUUUUUUUAUUAGAAGGUAUUAUUUUGGAUAGUUAUAUGGAAUUUGUCGAACUAUGUAAUUAGUGGGGUUUUCUCAUUAAGCAACUAGAUUAGUCCCGGUGGAGUUACAUCUUUGCAUUUGAAAUCUUGUGCUCAUUUUGGCUACCCAUUUUCAUUUCAUGGAAAACCUUGACAAAGGAAAAUGUUGUAUGUGAUGGC